CCGUACCUUAUAACGGACGCGAGUACCAGAAAAGGAAAAUAAAAAGGGGCAAGAAUGUCUUAUGAGUUUCCCUUUGAACGAAGACCGUUCCCGAAACGAAUCCUACUGAUAUUUUCCCUUCAGAUCACAGCUUUCACUGAGAAUAAUAAGAAGAGAGCAUCGAACAAAGUCCUGAAUUUUGAAGCCCCAGCCACCCCGAUCUCUGUCUGGCAACAACUAGUAGAUUUUGUAUUAAAGAAAAUAUCAGCUAGGGCUUCAAAUACUAUUGUUGGUAUUUCUGAGAUGGCGGAAAAGUCAUGUAUCAAGCGCCUUCAGAAGGAAUAUAGAGCACUUUGUAAAGAACCAGUUUCCCAUGUUGUGGCCCGUCCUUCACCAAAUGACAUUCUUGAGUGGCAUUAUGUGUUAGAGGGAAGUGAAGGAACACCUUUUGCAGGUGGAUAUUACUAUGGAAAGAUCAAGUUUCCUCCACAAUAUCCCUAUAAACCACCAGGAAUUAGCAUGACCACCCCAAACGGACGGUUCAUGACACAAAAGAAAAUAUGCUUAUCAAUGAGCGAUUUUCAUCCUGAAAGUUGGAAUCCAAUGUGGUCUGUAUCAAGCAUACUCACAGGGCUUCUUUCAUUCAUGAUGGACAACAGUCCUACCACUGGCAGUGUGAACACUACUGUUGCUGAGAAGCAAAGUCUCGCCAAGGCUUCCCUUGCUUUUAAUUGUAAGAACCCCACAUUCAGGAAACUGUUUUCUGAGUAUGUGGAUAAGUAUAACCAGCAGCAGCUGUCUGAGAAGCUUGCUGCAGAGCAGGUGCCAGCAGGACUAUCUCAAGAAAUUUCCACACCCAUGAAACGAGUGGGAGAAGAUAUGAAAAGAGUAGAUGCUGUGAAGGAUAUGAGAAUCGACAGGAAGCAGUCAUUCCCAACUUGGUUGAUGUUCUUGCUGGUUUCCAUCUUUGGCAUUGUAAUGGCCCUGCCUCUGCUUCAACUUUGAUAUAUAGGUGAAAAGUGUAAUAUUUAUAGGGGUCAAGUGACAUAAAGGCUUCGCAAGUAUAGUGUCCAACAUAAUUGUGUAUAGUGGUGUUGGAGCAAUCUUUGAUGAUGUUUUCUCGUUUUAUGGCAAUGCCAGACAGGUUAUCAACUGAUGGUCAAACAUUACACGGUUGUCGUGUUAUCGUAAUAGACUUGAGUUUUAGUUUUUUGAUCAAACAGCACACGGCCGCCAUGCUAUCAUAAUUUUGUUCGAGUUUUA